UUCGCCGGUCGUCGGUCGAAGAUAGAAGAACGCGCGGUGAAUGUUGGGUGUUAAAUUUAUACCGUUAGUUCCUAGUGUAUGUUAAUUACCACUUUUCUGAAGGGAUUUCGGUGUUCAUUAGUGGAAAUCCGCGCACUGUAUGCGACCCUAGUUCAGGUUUUCGUCUAGUAGAUUUAGGAAAUAAAACAGGCUCAUGUUGAUACGGAUACCGGCGACCAUAUUGGUUGCCAUAGUGACAUUUCCAAGACUGAUAUUAGCCCAGAAUUCAAAUUCAAAUAGUCUAUUCACCUGUCCAAAUGGAUGGGAGCUUCGAGGUCUGUAUUGUUAUAAAUUCUUUAACAUCAGGCAUUCUUGGGAGAAAGCAGCAGAGUUAUGCAGAAGGUACGGGAGUGACUUAAUGGCAGUUGAAUCUUACGCUGAAAAUAAUUUAACAGCGACGAUCGCUAUUUCUUCAGUAUCUAUCGACAGGAGAACUGCUAAUAAUUACUGGCUAGGAUUGGCUUCUUUAGACGACCUAAGGACCAAUACCUUGGAAUCGGCUGCAGGAACACUGGUGUCCCAGUAUUCGGGAUUCUGGUCGCUAAAUCAACCAAAUCCGUCGUCUGGAGAAUGCGUCGACGUGAUAGUGACCGAAGAAAAACAGUCAUGGGAACUAACAACUUGUGAGAGUCUUCUACCUUUCAUGUGUAGGGCCAAAGCUUGUCCAUCGGGUUCGUUCCAUUGCUCAAACGGAAACUGCAUUAACGAGAAAUUCAAAUGCGAUAAGCAAGACGACUGCGGAGAUGGUUCAGACGAAAUAGACUGUGCUACUAAUUGUAACUUUUAUCUCGCGAGCAGUGGCGAUGUUGUGGAAUCGCCAUACUAUCCGCAUAAAUAUGCCCCUCUUACCAACUGCAAAUGGACAUUGGAGGGACCGGAGGGACAUAAUAUCCUAUUGCAGUUUCAAGAAUUUGAAACGGAAAAAACCUUCGACACCGUACAAAUCCUCGUCGGUGGGCGCACUGAAGACACCUCGGUAAAUUUGGCCACUUUAUCGGGAAGACAGGACUUAACUAACAGAUCAUUUGUAUCAGCGUCGAAUUUUAUGAUUGUGAAAUUUAGUACGGACGCGUCGGUAGAAAGAAAAGGUUUUAGGGCUUCCUGGAAAACUGAGCCCCAAACGUGUGGAGGUAUCCUCAGGGCGACUCCUCAAGGACAGGUGCUAAAAAGUCCCGGUUAUCCGGACCAGUAUCCGGGAGGAUUGGAAUGUCUCUAUAUAUUACAAGCACAAAAUGGAAAAAUUAUUACAUUGGAAGUUGACGACCUUGAUUUAGACGAUAAUCGAGACUACAUUUACGUACGCGACGGAGACUCCCCUAAAAGUACGCCAAUUGCUCGAUUAACGGGUAAAUCUGAAAAUAAUCCAGGGGUAAUAAUGUCUACGCACAGCAAACUAUACAUCUACUUCAAAACAAGUUUGGGUGAUUCGAAGCGUGGUUUUCGGAUUCGGUACACACAAGGCUGUAAGGCUACCAUCGUAGCACGCAAUGGCACCAUAACAUCACCCGCUCUUGGUAUAGAAAAUUAUCCGAGCAACCAAGAAUGUCUGUAUAAGAUCAGAAAUCCCAGCGGCGGCCCUUUGUCUUUCAAGUUCGAUAGUUUCGAUGUCGACAAGACCGAUUUUGUUCAGGUAUUUGACGGACCCAGUACUAGCGGCUUGAGACUUCAUCCGGGAAGCGGAUUUACUGAGGAUUCCAGGCCUAAAAUUACUUUAACGGCUUCUAGUGGAGAUAUGCUAGUCAGAUUCACUACCGACGCACUGCACAACAAAAAGGGUUGGCAAGCGAGUUUCUCCGCAGAUUGUCCGCAAUUGCAACCCGGUAUGGGAGCACUGGCCUCCAGUAGAGAUACCGCCUUUGGUACCGUCAUAACGUUUAACUGUCCUGCCGGUCAAGAAUUUGCUACCGGACGAAACAGACUUACCACUCAAUGUUUGCCAGGAGGGAAUUGGUCGAUUAGUUACAUCCCAAAGUGCCAAGAAGUUUAUUGCGGACCAGUCCCACAGAUCGACAAUGGAUUUUCGAUCGGAUCUACUAAUGUCACUUACAAAGGUCAAGCAAUGUAUCAAUGCUAUGCAGGAUUUGCUUUCCCCACAGGCAAACCAAUAGAAAGAAUCUCUUGUCUCGCUGACGGCAGAUGGGAGAAGAAACCUACAUGCCUCGCAUCACAGUGUGCACCACUACCAGAGGUGCCUCAUGCUAAUGCAACGGUCCUAAACGGAUUAGGAAGAUCUUACGGAACUAUUAUUAGAUACGAAUGCGAGCCAGGUUACAUCCGCAGUGGUCCACCAGUAAUACUUUGUAUGAGUAAUGGCACGUGGUCUGGGGAGGUACCCGUAUGCUCCAGAGCUAGAUGCCCCACUUUACCAGACGUUCCAAACGGCAUUAUAACAGAUCCAAACCGUCAGUAUUUUUAUAACGACGAAGCAAGAGUGCAAUGCCAGAAAGGUUUCAAACUAAUCGGAAAUAGCAUUUUGAGGUGUGGCGAAAACCAAAAAUUCAAUAAUCCUCCCAAGUGCGAGGACAUUAACGAAUGUAUCAGCAGCCAGUGCGACGUUGCGUCUACGGAAUGCAUCAAUACUGCAGGAUCGUUCCAGUGCAAAUGUCGAAAAGGGUUUGCACCUACGAACGAGUGCAGACCUGUGGUAGAUUUGGGACUCAUUAAUGGCGGAAUUCCUGACGAAUCGAUUACGGUUUCGAGCACCGAAGCGGGAUACGACAAGUCGAUGAUCCGACUUAACAAUGGGGUCGGAUGGUGCGGUAACACUAUCGAAGGUGGAUCCAAUUGGGUUAUGUUAGAUUUAAGGGCGCCGACAAUUGUGAGAGGAUUUCGAACUAUGGCCAUCAAUAGACUGGAUGGAACGGUAGCAUUCACUUCCGCAGUCAGGAUACUUUACACGGACGACUUGACCGACGUUUUCAAGGAAUAUCGUAAUCCUGACGGGCUGGCAGUGGAAUUUACAAUAGAGAAGCCAACUUUGUCAAUCUUGAAUCUUCCGGUACCUAUCGAAGCCCAAUACGUAAAAUUCAAGGUGCAAGAUUACGUAGGGGCGCCUUGCUUGAAAUUGGAAGUUAUGGGCUGUACGAGGUUGGAAUGCGCUGACAUAAACGAGUGCGCUACAGAUAACGGCGGUUGUCAGCAGAAAUGUAUAAAUAGUGGUGGUGAUUAUUCGUGUGCGUGUAAUGUCGGUUUCGAAUUGUAUCAGCGAAACGGUACCGCAUCCUUCUACAUCGAAAAGUCAGAAACCGGCUUGAGGAACGGCGACGUAUACCAAGUGAACAAGUCUUGUGUGCCGAUAAUGUGUCCGUCAUUGAACGCUCCUGAAAACGGAGUUAUAUUGUCAACCAAAGAAAAAUAUCAUUUCGGGGAUUUGGUUAGAUUUCAGUGCGACUUUGGGUACGUUAUGACCGGGUCUUCCGCACUACUGUGCACUUCGACCGGAGUUUGGAACGGCACGACACCUGAAUGCAAAUAUGCACAGUGCGUAUCUUUACCGGACGACAAAAACGAAGGCCUUAAAGUGUUACGUAACGACGAAGAUAGUGUACUGGUCGCGUUUAGGGAAAAUGUGACCCUUCACUGCGGUUCUACCGGACGACAUCUUCGCAAGACGGCGAGCUCCAGUUUUAGACAAUGCGUGUAUGACCCCAAACCCGGCUUCCCAGAUUACUGGUUGAGCGGAGCCAUCCCAUCUUGCCCGCGAAUCGACUGUGGUGUGCCGCCUCCUACCCCGGGAGCCGAAUACGGCCAACACAUCGACACCAAAUAUCAGUCGUCGUUUUUCUUCGGUUGUCAGAACACGUUCAAAUUGGCCGGCCAAAGCAGCAAACACGACAACGUGGUCAGGUGUCAGGCCAACGGUGUUUGGGAUUUUGGAGAUCUCAGAUGCGAAGGCCCGGUUUGUGAAGAUCCCGGUAGACCAAGUGACGGAUACCAAAUUGCGCGAAGCUACGAGCAAGGGUCGGAAGUUUCUUUCAGUUGCAAUCGGGCAGGUUACAUACUAAUCAAUCCCAGACCUAUUACUUGCGUUCGCGAACCGGAGUGCAAGGUCGUGAGACCGUUGGGCAUCGCGUCUGGGAAAAUCCCCGACUCGGCGAUCAAUGCUACCAGUGAACGACCCAAUUACGAAGCCAGAAACGUGAGACUUAAUUCGGUAACCGGUUGGUGUGGAAAACAGGAAGCUUUUACUUAUGUGAGCGUCGACUUGGGCAGGGUGUAUCGCGUGAAAGCGAUAUUAGUCAAAGGAGUAGUUACCAACGAUAUCGUGGGAAGACCGACGGAAAUUCGUUUCUUCUACAAGCAAGCCGAAAACGAAAACUACGUCGUUUACUUUCCCAACUUCAAUCUGACCAUGAGAGAUCCCGGGAACUAUGGCGAACUGGCAAUGAUUUCGUUACCAAAGUAUGUCCAAGCCAGAUUUGUAAUUCUAGGUAUCGUUAGUUAUAUGGAUAACGCUUGCUUGAAAUUCGAACUGAUGGGUUGUGACGAGCCUGAAAAAGAGCCGUUGCUGGGUUACGACUACGGAUAUUCUCCCUGUGUUGAUAACGAAACACCAGUAUUCCAAAACUGUCCCCAGCAACCUAUAAUUGUCCAAAAAGAUGCCAACGGCGGGUUACUUCCAGUAAACUUCACCGAACCCACGGCUGUAGAUAACUCUGGAAAUAUUGCGAGACUCGAAGUUAAACCUGCGAGUUUUAAAACCCCCGUCUAUGUCUUCGAGGAUAUGGUGGUUAAAUACGUUGCGUUUGAUUACGACGGCAACGUGGCAAUUUGCGAAAUUAACAUUACUGUGCCAGAUAAUACUCCUCCGCAACUAAGCUGUCCACAAAGCUACGUAAUAGAACUAGUUGAUAGACAAGACAGUUACGCCGUCAAUUUCAACGAAACGAGACGCCGGAUCAACGCUUCAGAUGCUUCAGGAGAGGUUCACAUAGCCUUUGUGCCUGAAAAGGCGACAAUUUCCAUAGGUUCCUUUGAGAACGUGACUGUCGUGGCCACGGACAAAUCUGGAAAUAAAGCCACUUGUCAUUUCCAAGUAUCGGUACAGGCAACACCUUGCGUUGAUUGGGAACUAAAACCACCGGUGAAUGGUGCUCUAAACUGUUUGCCCGGAGAAAGAGGAUUACAAUGCAUUGCCACCUGCAACCCCGGCUAUAGAUUCACAGAUGGUGAACCUGUCAAAACUUUUUCGUGUGAUAGUAGAACACCUUGGAAGCCAACGUCCGUGGUACCAGACUGCGUUUCAGAAGAUACUCAACAGGCCGAUUAUCAUUUCACGGCGAGCCUAAACUACAGAGCUAAUGGAGCUGUGGCAACUUCUUGUCUUAAUCAGUAUACCGAACUUUUAUCUCAUUACUACGGCAAUUUGAGCAACGUGCUGUCUGAUCGAUGCUCCGCAGUCAACGUGCGAAUGAAUGUCUCCAUUAUUAAAUCGAAAGCUACUCUGAUGGAUGAAAAUGUAGUCAAUGUAGAUUAUAUUAUAAACGUGGUACCAGUUAUUAGACAACCCCAACUAUACGAUUUGUGCGGCAGCACUCUGAACCUAAUGUUCGAUUUAUCGGUACCGUAUGCAAGUGCUGUCAUCGAGCCAUUGCUCAAUGUUUCAUCUAUAAGGAAUCAGUGUCCUCCACUGAAAGCCUUAAGGUCGUCAAAUCAAAGAGGAUUUACUUGCAGCGUAGGCGAAGUACUCAAUAUGGACACCAACGAUGUACCACGCUGUUUGCAUUGCCCUGCUGGUACCUUUGCCGAAGAAAAACAACAGGAAUGUACUUCCUGUCCAAGAGGGUAUUAUCAAAACAGCGACCGGCAAGGAUCAUGCGCGAAGUGUCCUCAAGGAACAUACACCCGUGAAGAAGGGACCAAAAGUAUCCACGAUUGCGUGCCUGUUUGCGGCUAUGGCACUUACUCGCCAACAGGAAUGGUUCCGUGUCUAGAGUGUCCCAGAAAUAGUUACACCAGAGAACCGCCUACUGGAGGUUUUAAGGAUUGCCAAGCGUGCCCAGCCAAUACGUUCACUUACCAACCAUCCGCAGCAAGCAAAGACUUAUGCAAACCAAAAUGCAGUCCAGGUCAAUAUUCGCCUACGGGGCUAGCGCCUUGCUCUCUUUGUCCAAAGGACUUUUACCAGUCGGUUGUUGGACAAACGUCCUGUAACGAAUGUCCGACCAACAUGAAAACUGAGGGGCCCGGAGCGACCGGUCGUGACGAAUGUCAUCCGGUUCAAUGUAACGAAAACGCUUGUCAGCACGGUGGUCUUUGUAUACCCAUGGGUCAUGGAAUUCAGUGUUUCUGUCCCGCUGGUUUCUCCGGACGUAGAUGUGAAAUCGACAUUGACGAAUGUUCUUCCCAACCUUGUUACAACGGUGCUAGUUGCAUCGAUUUGCCGCAAGGUUAUAGAUGUCAAUGUGCUCCAGGCUAUUCGGGUAUUAAUUGUCAAGAGGAACGAUCUGACUGUUCGAACGAUACUUGUCCUGCGAGAGCGAUGUGCAAAGAUGAACCCGGUUAUAAGAACUACACCUGUCUGUGCCGAUCCGGCUAUACUGGAAUAGACUGCGAUGUCACGAUCGACCCAUGUACAGCAAACGGUAACCCCUGCAACAACGGAGCCACAUGUAUAGCACUAGAGCAAGGUCGCUUUACGUGCGAGUGUCUACCUGGAUGGGAAGGGCAAACCUGCGAAAUAAACGUAAACGACUGUGCCGAAAAACCAUGCUUGCUGGGAGCCAAUUGUACCGAUUUGGUAGAUGACUUUAGUUGCAGUUGUCCAUCUGGUUUCACGGGGAAAAGAUGCCAGGAGAAAAUAAAUCUUUGCAGCAGCAAUCCGUGCAAGAACGGAGUAUGCGUGGACAAAUUAUUUUAUCACGAAUGUAUUUGCCAACCCGGUUGGUCGGGUGAAUCCUGCGAGAGUAACAUCAACGACUGUUCUCCCAAUCCCUGUGAGAACGAUGGCCAUUGCACUGAUUUGGUUAACGAUUUCGUUUGCACUUGUGAGCCUGGAUUCACGGGCAAAAGAUGCCAGCAUACGAUCGACUUUUGCUCAUCCAAACCGUGUCAAAAUGGCGCCACUUGCACCGACUUAGUAGAGGGGUUCAGUUGUAAAUGCAGACCCGGGUUUGUCGGUCUGCAAUGCGAAGCAGCCAUCGAUGAAUGCCUCAGCGAUCCAUGUAACCCCGUGGGAACUGACAAAUGCGUCGACUUGGAUAAUAAAUACUACUGCAUGUGCCGCGAUGGAUACACUGGCAAAAUGUGCGAGACGAACAUCGACGAUUGCGAAGCGGACCCGUGCCUCAACGGCGGUUCCUGUCGGGACGAGGUCGGGUUCUACAAGUGCAUCUGUCAACCGGGAUGGGCGGGAGUAAACUGCGAAACCGAUAUCGGGAGCUGCCAGGCCAAGCCGUGCCAGAACGACGCGAAAUGUAUUAACCUAUUCCAAGAUUACUUCUGCGUUUGCCCGUCUGGAACUGACGGCAAGCAAUGCGAGACAGCUCCAGAAAGAUGUAUCGGAAAUCCUUGCAUGCACGGAGGAAAGUGCAAAGACUUCGGCUCCGGACUGAACUGUACUUGCAACGAGGGUUUUGCGGGAAUCGGGUGUCAGUACGAAUACGACGCCUGUCAAGCAAAUGCUUGCAGGAACGGAGCCACAUGUACGAACAACAUAUUUGGAUUUAAAUGUAUUUGUCCGCCUGGUUAUACUGGCAAAUUCUGCGAAGAGGACAUCAUGGACUGUAAAGAGAACUCCUGCCCGCCGAGCGCAACUUGCGUGGAUUUGACUGGCAAAUUUUAUUGCCAGUGUCCGUUUAACUUGACUGGCGAGGACUGUCGCAAAACCAUCUCCGUCGAUUACGAUUUAUACUUUAGUGAUGCCUCACGCAGCUCAGCCUCUCAAGUUAUUCCAUUUUAUACCACUACAAGUUCGAGUCUAACCAUCGCCAUGUGGAUCCAGUUCACUCAAAAAGAUGAGAACGGCAUAUUCUUCACACUUUACAGCGUAUCAAAUAAACACGUACCAAGUGAUAGAAGACCGUUGAUACAAGCACAUUCGAGCGGCGUUCAAGUCUCAUUGUUCCCCGACAUUCAAGACGUCUACCUCAGCUACAGAGAUUACACCACAAUCAACGACGCUCAAUGGCAUCACAUCGCAAUUGUCUGGGACGGCGAUAAUGGCGGAGAAUUGAAGCUCAUAACGGAAGGCCUGAUCGCCAGCAAACUGGAUGGUUAUGGAAGCGGAAGAAAAUUACCAGAAUAUGGAUGGGUUACAUUGGGUAAACCGCAGCCAGGAAACCUCAAGGCAUACACCGAGUCAGGCUUCCAGGGACAUUUAACCAAAGUACAAAUCUGGUCGAGAGCUUUGGACAUCACUACGGAAAUUCAAAAGCAAGUACGAGACUGCCGAACGGAACCCGUGCUUUAUAGAGGACUGAUAUUAACAUGGGCCGGUUACGAAGACACUGUAGGUGGAGUCGAAAGGAUUGUACCGUCACAUUGCGGCCAACGAGUUUGUCCGCCGGGAUACUCUGGCUCCAAAUGUCAAGACCUGGAAGUGGAUAAAAUUCCUCCCAAAGUUGAAUACUGUCCUGGUGAUUUAUGGAUCAUCACCAAGAAUGGUUCAGCGCUCGUCGUUUGGGACGAACCACAUUUCACUGACAAUGUGGGCGUUAAAAGGGUCCAGGAAAAGAGCGGCCAUAGACCGGGACAAACGUUGCUCUGGGGCAUGUACCAGAUCGCUUACGUCGCAUCGGACGAAGCUGGAAAUACGGCCACAUGCACGUUUAGAGUUUCUGUUUUAUCGGAUUUCUGUCCCGAAAUACCUGAUCCGGUAGGAGGCUACCAAACCUGCAAGGAUUGGGGAGCCGGUGGCCAAUUUAAAGUGUGCGAAAUCGAUUGCAACCAAGGACUGAAAUUCUCACAAGACAUCCCCAAAUUUUAUACGUGCGGAGCUGAAGGUUUCUGGCGGCCUUCCAGCAGCCCCAAUUUGCCAAUGGUGUAUCCUGCGUGUUCGAUUGCCAAACCAGCUCAGAGAGUAUUCAAAAUCAACAUGCUCUUCCCAAGUUCGGUCUUGUGCAACGAAGCCGGACAGGGAGUUUUAAGGCAACGAAUACGAAACGCGGUCAACUCCCUCAAUCGCGACUGGAACUUCUGUUCGUUCUCCAUCGAGGGCACCAGAGAAUGCAAAGAAUUAAAUAUUGACGUCAAAUGCGACCACAGAUUGCAACGGCAAACGAGACAAGUCGACAACGAAGAAGAUGGUGGAAAAUAUGUAGUAGACGUUAACGUUCCCGUUGAAAAACAAACGAGACAAGGAAAGCAGUCCACCUCCGAUACCUACAACAUAGAAAUCUCAUUCCCAGCCUUAAACGACCCAGUAGUACAUUUGAGUACCAAUGACCGAUCCACUGUGAAGAACCUUCUCGAAAAACUGAUCUUGGAGGAGGACCAGUUUGAUGUUAGAGAUAUACUGCCCAACACGGUACCCGAUCCGUCAUCCUUAACUCUUGAGUCAGAUUACGCUUGUCCUGCAGGUCAAGUAGUCGUGGCACCCGACUGCGUGCCAUGCGCUGUCGGCAGUUUUUACAACACAACUUCGAAAACGUGCUUGCCCUGCCCACAAGGCUUUUACCAAAGCGAAUCUGGCCAGUUGCAAUGUAUUCAGUGUCCAGUAAUCGCUGGACGGUCGGGAGUUACUGUUGGAAUUGGGGCUAGGAGUGCUGCUGAUUGCAAAGAACGCUGUCCUGCUGGGAAGUACUACGAUCAUGAAGCUGGCCUCUGCAGAAGUUGCGGUCACGGCUUUUACCAGCCAAACGAGGGAUCUUUCUCGUGCGAGAUUUGCGGACUGGGUAAAACGACGAGGACGACAGAGGCGGUUUCCAUCAAAGAAUGCAGGGACGAGUGCGGAAACGGAAUGCAACUAGCAUUGGAUGGCAGAUGCGAGCCUUGCCCACGGGGAACUUACAGAACACAGGGCGUGCAAGCAGCUUGCAUAUCAUGCCCAUUGGGCCGAACCACGCCCAAGGCUGGAGCUAUAACGGUUGAGGAGUGUUCACUACCGGUGUGUUCUGCGGGAACGUACUUAAAUGGUUCUUUGAAUAACUGCGUCCCCUGUAAGAGAGGAUUCUAUCAACCAGAAUCUCAGCAAACCACAUGUAUUCCUUGUCCUCCGAACACAAGCACCAAAACUACAGCUUCGAAAAGUAAAUCGGAGUGCACCAACCCAUGCGAAAUGAAAGGCCAAGAGAUGCACUGCGAUCCCAACUCCUACUGUCUUCUGAUCCCGGAAACCAGUGAGUUCAAGUGCGAGUGCAAGCCCGGAUUCAACGGAACGGGGAAAACAUGCACCGACGUUUGCGAAGGAUACUGCGAAAACGAGGGCAUAUGCAUCAAGGACGUUUCAGGAUCGCCAUCUUGCAGGUGUAUAGGAAGUUUUACCGGAAAACACUGCAGCGAAAAAUCGGAAUUCGCUUACAUCGCGGGUGGGAUCGCUGCGUCAGUCAUCCUCAUUAUAUUUAUCGUUUUACUCAUCUGGAUGAUUUGCGCAAGAGCCAAUCGUAGAAAGGAACCAAAGAAACUUCUAACUCCAGCCACCGACCAAAACGGUUCUCAAGUCAAUUUCUACUACGGAGCUCCGACUCCGUACGCCGAGUCCAUCGCACCGAGCCACCACUCGACGUAUGCUCACUACUACGACGAUGAGGAAGACGGCUGGGAGAUGCCGAACUUCUAUAACGAAACUUACAUGAAGGAAAGUCUUCAUAACGGGGCCAACGGCAAAAUGAACAGCUUGGCCCGAUCGAAUGCGAGUUUAUACGGUACAAAAGAUGAUUUGUAUGACAGAUUAAAGAGACAUGCGUACCCAGGAAAAAAAGAUAAAAGCGAUAGUGACAGCGAAGGUCAAUGAAUAAGUAAAUUCUGGUCAAUCUAAAAUGCUCAAGUGGCACAAUCAUAAUCUAGUGAAAUAUUUAACAGUAGACACUACCAUAGUUGUUAAUUUAUCUCUACCUAUAAUUAUUAUCUGUAAUAUAAAUAACAAAUACUGAGGAGAUUCGAUAUUUCACAAUACUCAUUCAACUGUCAGAACGCAAAAAUGUUUAAUAUAAAUAGAGGAAGCAGUUCAAAAAUAAAUCGAUUGUGGAACCUAAUACUUCUUGGUAACAAAUUAUUUGGACAAUUGUUCUAGCAACAGCUGCUUAUUUGAGAGGCCCGAUAAGUAUUACAUAUUUUUUUCUCGUAAUUAUAAAUAUCGAAUUUCUAAAAUAGUAAUAAUAUGUGAAUAGAUUUCUUAUAAUUUAAACGUACCUAUCUGUAUUUGUUAAAUAAUUAUGUUGAAUAGUGUUUAGACUUACUUAAGAGUUUUUGUACCUUUUGAUAUAUAUUUUGUUUAAAAAGACUUCACAGACGCUGAUACCUUUAUACACUUCGUGUUUUGUA